AUGUCUAAAAACUACACCAUAGCGGAAUCUUUCUACGCAGCCCUCGACCACAUGUCCUCAGAACUCCACACCACGUUCCAACAAGCUAUUGCCCGCCUACCCCCUGAAAUACGAACAAAUUUCUUGCUGCAGCUAGUUUACAUACUAGGUGUUCCCCUUGUUACAACAGGCGUGGUAUGGUAUUUGAUAAGGGUGUGCGCGCAGGAAAUGAGGAGGGUGGAUAUUAGGCGCUAUGCUUGGGAUGCCCGUUAUAACAAUGGUCGUUAUCGUGGUGGUCACAACAACUACCGCCGCAAUUUGAUUAUGGAUGGGCGUGGUAGGAUUCACCGAGCGUUGCCUCAGCUGCCGCUACAAAGGGUAGUUGCAGACAAAUACGAAGAUGAAGACCAAGUUAGGGAUGAAGUGGAAGAAGAUUUCAAAGAUGACAUGGGCAUCGAUAUAGGCGCGGAUUCAGACGCUGAUGUAGAUUUCCCCCAGAGUGAGGAUUCUGGUAGCGAGCAGGAGAAUGGCAACGCUGCUCAGCACGACAACGACAGUGACGACCAAGGUCCUUGCAGUGAUGAUGAAGGUCUUCAUGACAAUGACGACAACGACGAUCGCUGUUGCGCGGGUUCUCGUCCUCGUAGGCCCAAGCCGUGGGAUAAGGCGGAUAGAGACGCAAUAAGGGCGGCUGAGGAGAGAACCUUGCUCCAUAUUAGAGCGCUCGUUGCAGCAAGAGACGCAGUAGGAGAAGUAGCGGAGAGGGGAAAGGAGAGGGAGAGUCACAGACGGGCUGCUGAGGACGGUAGAUAG